UUCUCGACUUCUCCGUUCUUCUUUUCUCCACUCAUUCCCUUUCUCAUUUCCCUAUUUUCUCUUCUCACACAGAAAUUGGUUUAGCUGGAUAGCUCCCAUCAGCUUGCUCUCUUGAUCCGUUGUAUUGAAGUUGCUCACCCUCACCUCAAGCCACCCCCGCAGCUGGUGCUGCCACAGGGUGACCAUCGACGGCGGCUGGUUUGGCCCCUCGUACGCCUCCUGCAUCUCCUAGGCUGGCCCGCAGCCUCUUGGAUCCAGCUUCAGUAUAAGGGUGCUGGCGACAUUUUCUUCCCCAAGCGCGCAAACCAAACGCAUCGCCGCUAUUUCUGCGCGAGGCAGCUCAACACAUCAUCCACAUCCUCUACAGCGGCGAAUUCUUCAAUUCGAACUGCAGAAUGGAGCUGUGGCAUUAAGACAUGUACCUACUAUCGAAUUUGAGGGAGUUAUUUAUCCAAAACCACCACAUUUGGGGCUAGGGUAACAACUUGGUACCAGAUUUAAGUCAGGGCACAGAAAACCACUGAAAUUGUGCCUAAUGCAUAACGCGGAGCACUAAUACCGUGAUAAUCUCGCGAAAACAGCGAAACUGACCGGUUGGACCCACUUGUCGGUCCGAUGUGGCAUGUCUACUUGUACAAAUUGCUUAGGUGGACACGGGUCCCACUGUCAGCCCCACCUACUUCUUCCUUCUCCCGUCUCUUCCCUUCUCUAUGUACGAACUGGAGGGUCAACGACGAGCAUGUCAGACUCCCAGCGGAAGAAGACGACCACGACGGCUCGACGUCGCCCGAUCCAGCGAGGGAGCCGUCGCAGCGCGUCUCCACGGCUGCCUCCGGCCGCUAGAUUCCGUCAUCCGCCUUCUUCCCCUCUGCCUCGACCUCCAGAUCCCCGCCUCCCUUCGUCGGACCCGUUCCCGAGCGGCCGCCCACCACGCCAUUCUUCCUACGCUCCGGCGCCCCUGCGACGAGGUGCGGCGCAGGAAGUCGUGUCCACCUGAGCCGAGUGUGACCACGGCCUCGACGGGAGUGCCGCAGUGGCCGAGUGCGUCCACGGCCCCGAUGGGAGCGCCGCAAUGGCCGAGUGCUGGAGCUGGUGUGCUGCUGCGCACGGCGGACGGUGGCGCCGUCGUGCGGAGCUGCUCUGCCAACCGCCGCACGAGCCACACCUCAGCUCGCUGUUGCGCCCGCCGUGCGCCGCCCACGGGUCUGCCGUGUGCGCCCACCGUCUUCUCCUGCCUCCGGCUGUUGGCGGCUGGUGCGCUAGCGUCAACGAUGCUCGACAAGGGCGGCCUGAGACCACCAUCGCAUCCCCAACUGCAUAAGAACACCAUGGACGCCGCCCAAGCUUUUGCGCGACCCGUGCUUCAGGGGCUUCUCGGGCAGACCCUGCGCGACGCCGAGGGAGGCGGCCAGUUCCACCACAUGGCUCGGGGACGCGACCUGGUCUCCACCGCGUGUACGGGUCGCCCGGCGGCGAACACAACUCGGCGACGGAGAAGAAUCAGUCACGACGGAGCUCGGCCGGAGACAGGGAAGAAGCAAUGGACGCUCACAACCUGUUUGUUGAAAUGCCCAUGGAGGAAAAGAGGGAAGAAAUAAAAAGAAAAGGUAAAAAAAUAAACACACGAGUCAUUGACAGGUGGGACCCUUGUCCAACUCAUCAUAUUGUCCACCUAAGCAUGCCACGUCAGCAUGACAUGUGGGCCCAACUUGUCAGUUUCACUGUUUUCGCAAUGUUAUUAGACUAUCAAUGCUCCGCGUUACGCAUUAGGCGCAAUUUCGGUGGUUUUCUGUGCCCUGACUUAAAUCUGGUACCAAGUUGUUACCCUAGCCCCAAGUGUGGUGGUUUUGGGUAAAUAACUCAAUUUGAGGUGAUCGAAUAUGGAAACCAUCUGAUGCACCUGCAGUGUGGUUCUAGUCUUCUAGAGUAUAUUAUCUUAACGUGAAUACACUGGAACCAACAUCCAUGGCAUCACCAUUAAGACAUGAACCCACACCUAUAGGAUUUACUUAAUCUAGAAUACACAUGAUAGUUUUUCUAUUUCAAUAUAACUAACCUUCCGGGCUAACACGACACAUGUUU